UAAAUGCUUUUGAAGUCUUCAGCCUGCCCCAGGAUGUCAGAUCUUGUUGCUGUUUGGGAGGUGGCAUUGAGUGAUGGAGUUCACAAGGUAGAAUUUGAACAUGGUACGACAACAGGGAAGAGGGUCAUAUGGCUGGAUGGAAAGGAAGUAAAAAGAACUGACUGGAUGUUCAAACUUGUGGGAUCAGAAACUUUUCAAAUUGGCAAGACCAAGUGUAAAAUAAACAUUGAUGCUGUCAGUGGUUUCAUGUAUGAAUACACCAUCGAAGUCAACGGAAAAAGCCUACAAAAGUUCUCAGAAAAUCAGAGUAAAAUUAUGAACUGUUGGGUGAUGACUUUGGAUGAUGUCCCAACUAGGAUUGUUUUAGAAAAGGAUACUUUAGAUAUAUGGGUGAAUGGGCAGAAACUGGACACCACUGGUGAAUUUACAGAUGAUGGAACAGAGACCCACUUUGCCAUUGGGGAGCACAGUUGUUACGUGAAGGCAGUGAGCAGUGGGAAGAAAAGAGAGGGAAUAAUCCACAGUCUGAUAGUAGAUGGCCAAGAAAUUCCAUGGACGAAGGAAUAAUAUUAUUGUAGUUAGGUCGGAAGGAUGUAGUAUUGAGAGUGGACUUCACUACAAGGUCUCUUAGGCUCUAUUCCCAUAGAUUUUAGAUCGAUCUAUCCCCGCGGGGAGUCUCACUAGAUUACUUUCAGAUAA